AAGGUGUAGAAGCCCCCUAUUUUAUACCCUAUGCAGUGCACUUAUAUAGUGAAUUUUAAGUCAUUUAGGAUUGAGCCCACACCUUUGCUGUUAUCCUCAGCCCCCUGAGCUGUAGUCUCCCAUUGAAUCCACACUAACACCCUAGCUCUGUCUGCUGCAUCCAGGAGUCCAGCAUGAAGCUCUCGGUCAUCGGUGUCGUCCUGGGAUGCGUCGCUUUAGCGAAGGCUGCGCCAAUGGAUCCGAGAAUCAGAUGGUGCCUAAAGUCAGAGCAGGAAGCUCAAAAAUGCAGACAGCUCGCCUCAAAAUCCGAUUUGUUAAGUUGUGUGAAGCUCGAGGGCUCGAUGGAAUGCAUCAAAGCCAUCCAGAAAGGUGAAGCAGAUGCCAUCACUCUGGACGGAGGAGAUAUCUACACAGCCGGUCUCGCACCCUACAACCUUCACCCCAUCAUCGCAGAACAUUACGGCGCAGAUGAAGAGACGUGCUACUACGCUGUAGCCGUAGCAAAAAAAGGCACUAAUUUUGGCUUCCAUGACCUUCGUGGGAAGAAGACCUGUCACACUGGAUUGGGGCAAACUGCAGGCUGGAACAUCCCCAUCGGCACGCUCGUCGAAAAGGGCCAUAUUAAAUGGGCCGGCAUCGAGGACAAACCUGUGGAAGAGGCGGUGAAGGAAUUCUUCCCAGCCAGUUGUGUGCCUGGAGCAAUCAACAGCUUGAGACUGUGCGAACUGUGUAAAGGCGACUGCUCGCGCUCUCACAAGGAGCCGUAUUAUGGUCACGAUGGAGCUUUCCAGUGCCUGAAGGACGGAGCCGGAGACGUCGCCUUUGUGAACCACUUCACAGUGCUUACCGCCGAUAAAGCCAACUAUGAGCUGCUGUGCAAAGAUGGCUCCCGGAAAAGUGUGGACGAGUUUAAAACCUGCAACCUGGCUCAAGUUCCUGCCGAUGCUGUGGUUAGUCGCAAAGACGAAGAUCUGGCCAACCGCAUCUUUGAGGUUCUUGAUAAACUCAAGGACAAAGGUCUGUUCACUUCCGAGGGCUUCUCGGCGAAAAACUUAAUGUUCAAAGACUCGACAAAAGGGCUGCUGAAGCUGCCAGAGAGCACUGACUCUUUCCUGUACCUGGGAGAAGAGUAUGUAGCUAUUAGCCAUGCUCUUACAAAAGGCUUCAGAACGGGCAGCAAAUCUCAUGAGAUUACGUGGUGCACCGUGGGUCAUGCUGAGAAAAAUAAAUGUGACAUGUGGACCUUCAUGAGUGUGGAUGAUCAGACAAACAUCAGGAUCGAAUGCCAGGAUGGCAGCACUGUCGAUAACUGCAUCAGCAAGAUCAUGCGUAAAGAAGCUGAUGCGAUGGCAGUUGACGGCGGACAGGUGUAUUCUGCUGGGAAGUGUGGUCUAGUGGUGGCCAUGGUGGAACAGUAUAACAACGAAUCAAAGUGCAAUUUUGGGUCUGCAGAUACCUCGUCCUAUUACGCGGUGGCUGUAGUGCGCAAGGACUCUGAUGUGACCUGGGAAACACUGAUAGGCAGGAAGUCGUGUCACACUGGUUUGGGACGUACAGCAGGCUGGAACAUUCCCAUGGGUCUCCUCCAUGAUCACACCAAAGACUGUAAUUUCUCAAAGUACUUCAAUGAAAGCUGUGCACCUGGAGCAGAUCCGAAAUCAAAUCUGUGUAAACUGUGCAAGGGUGCGGAAGGUAUCAGGGGGAAAUUAGACAAAUGCAAAGCCAGCACUGCAGAGCGCUAUUAUGGCUACGCCGGAGCCUUCAGGUGUUUGGCUGAAGGUGCCGGUGACGUGGCCUUUGUUAAGCACAGCACUGUAGCAGAAAACACAGACGGCAGCGGACCAGCGUGGGCUAAGGCUUUCAAAUCAGCAGACUUCAAGCUCAUCUGUCCCGGUGGCUCUGCUGAAAUUACUGCAUAUGAGCAGUGUCAUUUAGCCAAAGUUCCAGCUCACGCCGUCGUCACUCGUCCAGAGAAACGUGACGACGUGGUGUCGGUCCUCAAGGAGCAGCAGGCCGUGUACGGUCAUUCCAGCUCUUGGGUCGUGUUUAACAUGUUCAAGUCUGAGGGCAAACAAAAUUUACUCUUUAAGGACUCUACUAAAUGUCUCCAAGAAGUUCCACCAGGAAAAAACUACAAGGAAUUCCUGGGUAAAGAAUAUAUAAGAACGAUAGACUCCCUGCGCGAGUGUGCCAGCAGUAAGACAGAACUGGAGAAGGCCUGUACCAUCCACUCCUGCCAAAAGAAAACCUAAAUGCUCCAGUUUGUCUCAGACAUUCUGUCCUGCUUGUGCAUUUGUGCGUGAAGAUAACUGUAGGCAACUUUCUCACCUGUUUACAAUUAAUCUGUCAUUGAUGUAAUUGGGGAAAAAAUACACCUUGGCUUUACUGGUUUUCAAUUUAUAUUCACAAAACCCUCUAAAAAAGAGAGGUACGACUGGCAAUGCAAACAUUAGCAAACACAUAUUACACACUAAGUAUUUAAUCUCUGCCUAAAAAUUGGGUCUGGGUAUCCAUAAUCCAUGCAUGACCUUUACUGCUAAAAACUGAAAAUGAGAAAUCCAUCGUUCUGAUGUCAGGAAUUAAUUCAUCAAGGAUUUCUUCUUUCCAGCGGUGAGACACCUCCUAUAUUCUUGAAACUUUGGGACCACCUGAAUAAAUAAAUACAUGUACCUUGUUUUUAGUGGUUGUUUGGGGAAACAUUCUUACACUCCACUAUUAUUCCUGUGGUUCCAGAAUACCACAGAUCCCACUAGUUUCUCCUAGCCACGCGUGAUACUUCCUUUGGUUGGUUAUUAGUCCAGUCCCUGCUUCCAGAGGUGGACAAGAUCUUUGGUAUGGAUGAUGGUGUCACUGAGCACAGUGUUCAUGGAUUGCUGGAAGGAUAUAUGAGCCUUGUGAAGCACAACAGCCCUGGACGCAAUAUUGCUGGAAACCAUCUUGGGUCUGGAAUGAGGACAUCUUGCCAGGAGUCUCACCACUCCAUCGCCCUGUAUCCACACUUAACAGUGGGCCAGGGCCAUGAGAGCCAGUUGUGAGCCAAUUAUAUUCUCACUUCUGCUGCUGCCCUGAUCUCAACCCACCCUCAGUGCCUCUGGCAAAAUAAUAGCUUGAAGGUUUGUGGAGGUGUAAGGCACUUCAUGGACUUUAAAUAGCACAAAGGAGAGGAGGACUUCUUGGCCACCAUGCUUCGAAGUAGGUGUUAAAGAAUCUGAAACAGUUUACCAUUCUAUCUAUUUGCAGAUGGAGUUGCAUGUUGCUAAAUUCUGUCAUUAGUUGGGACAUAAAGGCCAUGCACAGUGGAAAAGCAGGUAGCAUUGCCGUCUCACAGCUGCAGGGUACCCGGUUCUAUCCUGAGCUCAGGUUACUGUGUGUGGGGGACUUUGCUUGUUCUCACCUUGUCUGCAUGGUUAUCUGGUUUCCCCACACACAAAAACAUGCCAGUAGGCCUAUCGCCUAUACUAAAUUGCCCCUAAGUGUGAAUGAGUGGUGUAUUGAAAUGGACCGGCGACUCAUCCAGUGUGUAUUCUCAGCUCACGCCCAGAUUUCCAGGAUAGGCUCUGGAUCCACCACCAGCCUGACAAGGAUAAAGCACUGGCUUAGUCAGUAAGCAUGUCUUUGGAGAUCCCAACAGACAUUCUACCAUCGUAGGGUACUGCGAGGUGUAAUGAACCAACACCAAGAUAGGCAUGUGUUAUCCCAGGUGUAAAUUGACAGGUUUAUCUUUGAGCUUGGCAGCAACCUGGUCCCCUUCAAUCAAAAUGAACGGUGUCUGGUAGUGGCAGAGGAGGUGAUCAUCAAGACCCAGGUAGUGCGGGCAGUUUGUUCACUUUCAGGGUCUUCGCCAUGGUCCUCCACCAAGAGAACCAUUUGGGCCAUGGCGUGGUUGUAUGAAGUGCAACUGUCAUGAUGAUACACAGUAAAAUCCCUAGUGUAGAAUGAACACCCAGGGUGUUUAUAUAGUCCAGUUGGACUGUUGGGUGUAAAUUCAACACUGGGGAUUUUGCUGUGUAGUCAUGAUGCAAGGUUCUAUAGUGAUCCAUCACUAUAGAACCACCUUGCACAGUGGUGAGUCAAAGAUGAGUUCUGGUCUAGGAGAAAGAGCACUGAUAACCAUGCCCCUGUCCCGUGGCCUCUUCAUAUUUAUUAAGAUGGAGAGGAUGUCCUGGUGUUGCUGUGUGCAUGGGCCACCGCGAGGGUCCUAAUGGAAGCAAGUAUGAUCAUGCUUCUUGGUUCCACCAGUGUCAGGACCCUGGUUACACAAAUUCCCUCCGUUGUAACGACCUCGGUGUUGAAGUUAAAGCCAGGUUUUCCUUCCAGUGUCGAGUGCCAGGUCUGUACACAUCCUGCCAUGGAUACGUUAAGGGUUGGAAGGCGCCGGACCUCCCACCAGGACGGUUACAACAUUUCAGACAGCCUUUUAGUUGAUGCGAGCUCCUUCUGCUAGCAAUGGCAGCUUCUCCACGCUCCAUGAUUUCCGGACACCCCACUCAGAGUGGGCCAGAUAUCCAGGCAUGGAAAGUGUUCCGUGGAUACCUUCUCUGCCACUUCAACAGGACUUUGCUUGUUGGGGUGUAGCCAGCGUUGGGUGACGUUAAGAUGCUGCCGUAGCUCUUGGUAUAGGAGGUUGCCGAGUCUGACACUAACUUUAUUUGGCAAAAGAUAUUUGCUCAGUUGCAUUUAGCAUUCAGUGUUAGCAAAUCUGAUACAAUUACAAUUAGCGUAGCCUUGUAAUUACCCAAAGUUCUCCAGCUGCUUCCCCGAGUCCUUACACUCAGCUAUGCAGUAGUAACAAGGCACUUUUACAGUUCAAUAUUUUGCUCCUUUUCUUGUUUAAGUGGUGAGGAGUGGCCAUAUUUCAAUAUUAAUGAAUAUAGAGGGUCUGUUUAUGAAUAUUAAUGAAUAGCAAAUGAAUACAGAAAAUAUGCUAAAUAUGACACGUAUACAUACCUAGACAUAAAGAGUAGAACAGAAUACCUACAAAUAAAUACAUGUGGAGAAAAAAAACAACCAUGCAAAUCAUUCGGUUACUUCUUCUUUUUUUUUUUUUUGGACAACUUUCUGUACCUCCUUUUUGCUAGUUUUGUUUUUUCCUUUGUUUCUUGGCUCUGUUUUGUCCCGUUCUAUGUGGUUGUUGUUCAUAUUAUUAUUCAACAGUAUUUAAAUAAACAACAACAAAAAUGACACAAAAAGGAUAAACAAGAAACUUGGAAGUGUGUGGUUUGUGAGUUGUUUAUAUAUAUAUAUAUAGACAGACAAGUGUCAUACUGUUUAAACUCUGACCAUUUGGUAUGCAUACAUACCAUAUAGGUGACUUACUGCAUACUGCAGAUGCUUCGCACAAAGUACUGACACCCUUCUAACAUUCACACGUGGAGAUGGAUCAUCAUAGGAGCUCCAUGGAGCAGAUCUAAUUUGGUCAGUGGUUUGGCUGGAGUGUUUAUAGCUGAUGUAGGUAAUGUCUGACAUGUUUGUGCUAGCUAAUGAUAUGACACUUGUUAUAAAGCUAUUUUCAUUUGGUAAUCACAUGCUUGUUAUUACUCAUUUAGCUGUUAUGUGAAAUAAAAUACAACUGUCUUGA